AAAUAUAUGAAUCUCAAAUUCCAAUGAAAACAAAGUAACUACCAGUUCCCCAUGAAAUGAUGUAUGCAUUUCUCCUCUCCAUUCUAUGACGCGUCCUUGUUUCUUAGGGUGAAGGUCGACUGUGAAAAGAUAAACACAAUUCUAUUUUUAAUCAUAUUGAUUUUAUUUUCUUAAAGGUUGACUGUGAAAUAUAAUGUAGGACCUUAAAUAUUGCUAAACGGCUUUAAGCGCUCAUAGAAAAAAAACACCAGCAGACCGUUUAACGUAAAUUGCGAUUAGGCGAAUAGAGACGUGGCCUCCGCAGAAAGCUUGGAAGCCAAUUGAAACGCGCCUCUACCUUGUGCGGUGACUGUGAUACGCACAACUGACCAAUGAGAGAUGUGGAGCGUGAAAUCAUGUACAGGCGCAUGCGCUGAAUGAUCCCAUAUCCUGUGUUUUCGCUGAUUACUCGUACAACUUCAGUGACGAGAGUGAUUUGCAAGUAUCUAGUGCCUUGUUGGUGUCUCCUCCAUUCACUUCAUGACUUGGUGGUGUUUUUAUAUAAAGCGCAUCCUCUUACCAUGCCCACUUUAGAAAGUUCAGAGCGUUAGGAGAGAAGCACAACGAUUCACUCAUGGAUCUCGAUUGCGAGGACAGUUUUAACAUUACAAUUGAAGAUGUCCCUUACAUGACAUAUGGACCGGGACACGUCUUUUACAUCGCGGCGUUUCUCCCUCUUCUCUUGGUGGUCGGUGUGCUUGACAACCUCGCCUUCAUCUAUGUCGUGCUUAAAAUCCCUCGGAUGCGAACUUGUACUAAUUGCUACCUUCUGAAUUUGGCGAUUUCUGACAUCAUUUUUCUUUUGAUGGCAAUUGGAGAGAAAAUUUGGCGAUUUGCUGUCUCACCGAUUAGGGAUGAUGAUGGCCCUAUGGGUCGGAGUGGUUGUAUCUGGGUAUUCCUCUUCUCUGACACAGCUUACAUUGCUUCAUUGUUCUUCAUUACCCUCGUGUCUGUUGAACGGUUCUGCGCAGUAUGUCGUCCACAGAAGAAGAGUGAAACGAGUAAAUUUUACAAAACGGCAGUUGUAACUGUAGCCUCUUGGAUUAUAUCGGCCAUAGCGUCUGCAUCAUUAACACCGUCCAAUCUCUUUUUAAAUAAAUUCUGUAUAUCAUGGCCUCCUGGGGAGCAAUUUGCCGGCUAUCCGGAAUCAUUCGCGUUGUGUCAUCCCUUACAUGAAUGGAUUAGUGCCUAUGCACAAGGUAUGCAGACCAUCCCUUUCUUUAUUUCUCUCGUUGUUAAUGUAGUGCUUUACAUCGAGAUCAUCCGAGGUUUGAACAGGUCAAUAGAAAGGUUGCGAGUUCAUGGAGGAACCAAAGACAACGACACAAAAAUGAGAGAUCAAGUGGCGAGAAUGCUCGUGAUAAAUGGUGCAUUCUUCUUCUGUUGUUUAGCUCCUUUCGAGAUCGUCUCUGCAUUGAACAUGAUUGCUUCACUGUCAGGGGACGACUUCAUCGGGGAUUCGAAAACACAGGAAGUGCUCUCUUAUACCGGUAGGUCUCUUUCCUACAUCAACGCUGUCAUCAAUCCAAUCAUUUACACCUUAAUGAGUAAUCGUUAUCGGGACGCAUUCAAGCAAGCAUUCCACAUUAACACAUCGGGUUCAUCACGGCGGUUACCUUCAAGCAAGUCAACCACUCAGGCUACUACCCAGGAGUACCUUAAAAUAAGCCAAGCCGACACUAGAAUGUAAAUACUUCCUGAAUUAUCUCUGAUGCUGAUUCUCAGUGUAGACAUGUGUCUUGGAAUAUGAUUCAGUACGCCCUGUUGAGCAAAAAUAGUACAAAAGUCACGUAUUGAAACCACACUUUCUGCUGGAAGUACGCUACGCAGUUUCUAGUCGCAUUGUUUAUUCCGGACCUUCGCUCUGCGAAAUGAUCGGUGUAAAGCCUGAAACUUUAUUGACAUUUCUCUCCAGCUCUCUAUCUUACUUAUCCCGGACGCUGACAUUUGCUGUGCUGAGCAAUGGAAAUGUAGCCGAAAGCCAGAUCAAUAUGCCGGUGAAUACUCGAGAGGUCGCCAGCUGGGGUCCUUAGUCUACAGGGCACUUACACGAAUCUUCCUUUUUGUAUCCUGGAGGUUUUAUUUGAAUGCUGUCCUUGAAAUGAAAGCUGCAAAUAAAUAUAUUUGCCCUUACAAAAGAUAUGGGUAGUUGCCUGUCACAAGAAACGGUGACCUUUGCUAGAUUCCGUUGCUAUCAAGACAAGGAAAAAGUUACACAUUAUCAUUGUUUUGAAGUGCAGUGAUAUUGAAUCAUGGAUGUACAUCCAUGAUCAAUACUAAAACAACAAUAUCAUUUUCAACUGCUAGUUGACGGGCAAUUGUUUUUUCAAGAAGGAAGAUGUGAGCGGACAAAACGUAAACACGGAGCUGGCUAGAUAUAUCAGCUGUUAGAAGUGAAUAGAAUCUUCAAAGAAAGAGAAAAAAAUUAUGGAGAAGCCCACGCUUUGCAGUUCUUUUCUCACCCCUGAAACGUUGACAGAGACAACGAAAUCAAUUGGAAGGUUUUGAAUUUUUAGAAGGCAAAGAAUUUUGAUUCAGACGAUGAUUGACCUUUUUGCAAAAUAAUGUUUCCCCCUUUGGAAAACAUUGAAUCCCUUCCUACUGAUUAAAAAAGAGAGAACCGGGGGACAAACUUGAAAUGGAAGAGGCUUAACAUCUUCAGAGCAAUGCAAAGACAUUUGUAGUGUGGACGAAGGGAUGCUACAUGGAGAGUUUGCAGCAUUUUAAAUAUACUCUUUGAUAAUAUUAAUAUCUUAGAUUAUAUCUAUAAAAGUCAAAGACGAAUUAAAUUUUGUACAGGAAUAUGCAUUGUGAUUAAAAUUUUGUAUGAUAAGUAAAAAAAAUAUGUAUAUCAAUUUUGAGAAAAUCAUCACUAAACCCGCAUUUUACUUAUAUUUCAUGGAUAUAUUGUAAAGUGUAACAUUGGUUUUUCAGCAAGUUUGCUCUAAAAUAUUUUAUUUUCAAAAGUAUUCUUGUUCAAAUGCAGAGGUACAGAUAAUGCUCGUAAUAGUUAUUAGCUUCAGUUUGAGCAAUUAGCAUACAAUGUAGUGUCCCAGAUUAAGUUAAGAUGUGCGUAUAUCUGUUCCGAUGGGUUUGCUCGUAUGCGUGUGUGAGGUUUUGUGCGUUUUCUGGAGGAUUUGCGUGUAUGAGAUUGUGUGCCUGUAUAGGGGUGCGAGCGUGUGUGUGCAGAUAUCAUACCCAUUUUUUAAACUAUAAUUUCUCCUCUAAAUCUCUUAGAAAUGCUAAAUAAAAAAAUAAUAAUGUCAUUUUUUUUUAUUAACAUGAUUUGUUUUUGUGAAUAGGGUUUACGAUAUUCGAUAUUGGGCAGGUUUAGAUAUACUGCAAAACUUUUGUGAUGAUAAAUCUUCCUAACAUGACUGUCGUCCAUGACUUUUUUUUUCGUUAGGACGCUAUUUUUCAUCGGUUUAAGAAAAACAUCUAGUAAAUAUUUGUUAACUCAAAGAGAGAGAGGGGGAGGGGUAAGGUUGAGCUUGAGUAAACGAGUAUACACCAUAAUGAUAAUGUAUUUAAGUAAGAUGAUGUUAUAAGAACCAUCGCCGAUUUUUUUUUUUUUUUUUUUUAGUUCUCAAAAUAUAGGUAUCAUUGGUUUCCACAACAUAUGUAAAUAAAAGAUAUAAAAGGUUCAGUGGAGACCGCUCAGAAGAAUUAUUAUCCUUUAAACAAAGCGCUUACCAAAGUCACAUCUUUCAGAUUGUGAAUUCUAAUCAUGUAAUGCAUUGUUGUUACAUUAGGCAUCGCUACUGCAUUACCGGUUGUAACAGUGCCUCUGUAAGCGCAUUGUUACUGCUAACAACGUUUCUGUGCGCUUAGUACUGAAUUUUGUUUUUAAAUCAAGAAAUCGCAACUAAUACAACAAAUCUAAAGAAAGACAACGUUACUUAAAAGUAUUUUGAACGUGCCAAAUAUUUCAGAAAGGGUUCAUCAUUAUCAUGCAAAUAUAUAUAUUGAUUUAUAUCUAUUGUUCUUAUAACCGACGUACAAAGGUUUCUUCACGCACAUACACACACACCCACUCACGCACAUGCCCAGACAUACACACACACAUAUGGUAAAACCUAUACCAUAUCUUAUUUACAAGCACCAAAGAAAGACAAGAUUUUUUUCUCGGUGAAAAGUGUGAUGUAUCUGUGGUAUGAACACGGUGAUACGAAUGAGUGUGUGUCAUUUUGCUCUGUGUGUGUGGGUGUAAUGAUGAUUUAUUAUGGUUUUGAUGAGUAGAAUGAAGUAUGGUGAUAAUAUGUGUAUGAAUGAAUGGUGUAAUAUAAAGCUAGUAUCACCGUUAACCCUCCAGGGAGCCACUUGGCAUGGCAAUACCCCCAGUGAUUGAAAUAUGAUAGAAAUGGUGCCAGGCUGUUUGAACGCAUAACACACUCACAUUUCACAGCAGGUAAAAAGGGCGCACAAAGAUUUGGCGUCAACCGUAUUGAUUCUUAACGGCGCCGUGCCGCUUUGGCUCUGUGAGGGUGGGGACAAGAUCUUUUUUCGCUUAAUAUUACACGCAUAGGUAAAACUUUUAGGCGGUGGAAUUUAUGAUUUUCUCCCAUUAUCUUUCUUUACCAAGGCCGAUAUGGGAAAGGAGAAUGAUUGCUAAUACUGAUAGACCAAAACUCUGCCAUUUUAGUUCUCAUACUUAAUGUGUAAGAUGUAAUUGGUUCACGUCGCAUGAAUUAUUUAGGUACCGUUUGUUUGCGAUAAUUAUGUUGAUGUGUUUUAUUACUAUGUUCGUUGUCAGGGAUUGUACUCCCACCUGUGUAUACAUGCAUCCGAAGAAAAUGAUUACUUCUUACGUAAUCAUGGUGACGUUGACUUUGAUAAUUAUGCUUAGAUACUUUAAUCUGCAACAAUUAGUUAACAUCUUGAAUAAGAAGUCGACAGUAAAUGCAUGUGAUUUGUUUAUGUUUCACCUAUAUUGAUAAUCAAAUCUGAAUAGAAUCUAUGGAUGUCAUGUUUCAUGUCUAUAGGCCAGUUAUAUUUUGGUAAGUAAGAAAACAAGGCAACUGUUGGGGUUUUUUCCUGCGUGUGUUCCCUGCUGGAAAGAACACAGUUGUCCUACAGUGUGUUCACAUACUGAACUAUGUGAAUUAUUAUUUACUCUGUGAAAUGCCCAAAUUCAACAACGUAAAGUUAUUUUGACACUGUGGACACCUCGACUGUGUUACUGCUUACAGCGUGUUCCCAUGGUUGACUACAUGUAUGUGAUUAUGUGAAUCAUACUGUUGAAAUGCUCAAAUUUAAAAGUGCGAAGGUAAUUUCACAUUGUAUGCCACACGGUGAACACACUGUGGAUCACACCGUGGGACAAUAUGAGAGUUGUUCUCAAAUCCUCUUUGUUUAGUAAAAAUUGUGAUCGAUUUAAAAUAACUUUAGAUAGUUUUAGAAUAUUCCAGAAUACACUGUAGUUAUUAUUUUUUUUCAUAGUCAUACAUCACGAACAGUAACGGGCAAUAGUAAAAUUAUACCUAACACUAGUGACAGUAUAGCAACCUAGUGGGUACAAAUCAGGAAGCAAGAGAAAUAUGCGAACCUUGCUGUGACCUUGUCAUAUCCAUGAUUAAUCGUCUUGUAAUAUUGAUUUUUUUAAAGAAAACAAUGCUUCUGUCUCCUAUAACUCUUAUGAUUCAAACUGUUAUUAAAAUAGAUUAUCAGAGGUAAGUUAAAAUAAGUAAGUCACUGUAUAAUAAUAUGUAUACCAAAAGUAAGUUACAAAGCUAUCCUGGCGAAAUAAGUAGGUGUCGGUGACCUACAAAAAGAAAACAUAAGACUCUUUGAUAUCUUGUUUUCGAUAAUUCUUUGGGCCGCAUAUAAAAUGCCAUAUUUUUAAGUAACCAUUUGUCGUGAUCAUGCUGAUAAUUGUUCCUCACUAUCAUGGAGAUUGGAAUUAAAAUUGAAAUAAGCAUUCCAUUUAGAGGAUUUGCAGAGGGUCUCAAUUUUAAUUUGAUUUGCUACAUCAAUAACAGGAAUGAAUUAUUUUCGAUUCAUGGUAUUACUCAUCCAAGCAAAAUACGAUCCUGAAGAGAUAUUCAACAUUACGGAUGUAUGGAGUAUAUACCAAGAAUAAAAAUAGAUUUUGUCCGGAUCGAAAUGUUACCCUGUAUCGGCCAUUAUUGCAUUUGCCAUUUUAUGAGAUUUCCAUUGUUGUGAGAGAGAAAUCAAUAUCUGGUCUGACCCGAAUCUCUAAAUCUUGUCAGGCUUUGAAGGUUGUAUUUGCGAUUUCAUAAGACCUCGUUAUGUAGGGAUUUGAGAAAUUAGUGUCGAAAAAAAAAAAUAUUCCAUUCUGAAAUUAUGUAUGAAUAAAUGAAAUUGUGAUCAUUCUACAUCCAAAAAACUAAAGGGAAAAUAUUGAAAAGGGCUCCAGCCUGCUUCAGAUUACAGUGUCCCCUAAAACAAAGUAGGAGUAACAAAUUUUGUUUGAAUUUGAAAGAAAUUAAGUCUUAUUUUGUGAAAAAAAGUACCCAAGGAUAAUAUAUGAAUUCAGCUGAUAUAAUGUCUUUAUUUUACAAAACAUUUCAAAAGAGCACUUUAAAAGAACCCAGUAGCUUUUGAUAUUUCACUGGCAUACCUGGUGGUUUACAAGCUAUUUAUUGCAAUAGUGGUGUUUGAUUUGAAUAUUCAUAAAUAUGAAUGCAUUGUUCUCGUUUGUGAUGAGAUGAGUACGUCAGGUAAAGUAUUGUCGAAAUAAAAUAAUGCGUACAAAACCA